UGUCGCCCAGUUACAGAAGUAAAUUAGCCGCACCUGGUCACGCUUUCAUCUGAACCCUUAACUGCCACCUUCAAUCUUGAACCUUUACUACUACACUCAUUCCGACAUCCACCACAACGCCCUCCACCAUGUUGCUGCGUUUCCUGUCUGUGACAGGCGCGCUCUUUCUGAGCAGCUGUGCUGCGUUGUCUCUGCCAGAGCAUAAGGUCGAACUGUCCGGGCUGGAUCCCGAGUUUCGAAGCCGAAUCAUCUCCAACGCCCGUCCAACCAAUGUGCCGACCGCUCUUUGUUCAUUCUCAAAUGCCGAGUGUUCAAAAGAUAUCGACCUUCAUUCCCAUCUGACCCUGGACUUCUCUACGGAAAAUGGCACCCUCCUCGCCAACCAUGACCCCAUCUUCCCACCAACUUUCCCAAUGCGAUUCCAUGCAGUCCGGCAUUUCCAUUCAGGCCGAGAGACCGUCGACCUGGCCUAUGAACUCGAUGUCCGACCCAUGCCGUCACGCCCGGACGAGGCACUCGGGGGCGUCUUCCUGUUGAAACUCAGACUGUUCGACCUACAAGGGCGGCCCGCCUCCGAUCACCUCGUCACGAUCACAGUGACCCAAGACUCGGAGGGAAAUCUCCAAAUCACUCAACUCGAAACCAACCCCAUCCACGGUCACCACCAUCCCGACGGACCGCCAUCAUGGAUGGCCCAAUUAACCGCUAGCAUUCAGGCAAUGAAGGACGCCGUCAAGGACUGCAUGCACGGGCCAGGACCGAAGCAUGCGACCGCGCGGCCGCAGCAUGGCCACAUGCAGCAGCCUCCAGUCGACAAGCACCGCACAAUCGCUCCAGAGCAUCACCCCUAUCACCACAGGCCCGGCUACUGGGCCGGCCGGGAGAAGAACUUCGGGAGACUGAUGCGUCCGGUCGUGAUGCCCGCCCUGCUGGGCGUAGUGGCGGGCGUGGUAGCGUGCAUGGUUGGAUUCGUGAUGGGCAAAAUCAUCAUCUCAGUGUUCUACUGUGUUCGGGGUUGCAGGAAGCAGAAGAAGCAGCGGGAGCAGGAGCAGUCGAGCAUCCCUCGGAUAGUGGUGGUGGAAAGCGCCUCCAGUGAAAAGGAGCGCUUACUGGCGAUGUGCGAUGAUCGUUGUUGACCCUACAUGAUACAAUGUCUUUACAAUCUUUUUUGUCUUUUCAUGUGUUGUUUCUUUUCUCUAUAUACCCAAUGUAACAUACCAAGAAUUUUCAUGACCACUUUUCCGAACUUAACCCUCGAACGUAGACCUGUUAAGGUCUCGCUCUGUCAACAAUCAAGGCCGGCUGGCCCAAUGGCAAGGCGCUUGACUACGAAUCAAGAGAUUGCAGG